AUGCCUCUUCUUCCACUCCCAUCCACCACCAAAACCCUAAAUUCUCCAUCCCCUUUCCACCUCCACAAUCAUCACCAUGUUUCUUCUUUUCAAUCCAAAUCCAAACCUAAAUUCCAAUUCCAUCCAAUUCUCUCUCUCAAUCUCGCCUGCAAAGGUCUCACUCUCGUCGUCUCUUCCUCAUCGCUGUCGGAGACCAAGCUGAGAAGUGUGGGAUCCAAAAACAUUGAUGAUGCUACUAUGGGUAAUCUCUGUCUUGAUAUUGUUCUCAAUGUCCCACAAUUGCCACCUCUGUCUAUUCAUGAACGUAAAGCUUUCAUGGAACGUCUGGCUUCCUCUCCACCUCCUAAGAAAUACUGGGAAGCUGAUGGGAACUGCAAUAUGGCUAUAGCAGCUGCGAGGCUGAGACUUGACUGUGUAUCAAUUGGUCAUGUGGGUGAUGAAAUCUAUGGGAACUUUCUAUCAGAUGUGCAUCGUGAUGAGGGCAUCAGUAUGGUUAAGAUUAGUACUGGUGAUGAUACUGUCACUAGCUCUGGUGACUCUUAUGAAACACUUGUAUGUUGGGUUCUUGUUGAUCCUUUGCAAAAACAUGAUUUUUGUAGUCGAGCUGAUUUUUGCAAGGAACCAGCAUUUAAUUGGCUGAGUCAAAUUUCUAAAGAAGCAAAGUUAGCUAUUAAAAAUUCAAAGGUUUUAUUUUGUAAUGUAUAUGGUUUUGAUGACCUAUCUCCUAGUUUACUGCUUUCGGUAGUGGACUGUGCUGUUGAAGUUGGCACAUCAAUCUUUUUUGAUCCAGGACCACGUGGGAAGAGUCUAUCCAAUGGGACACCAGAAGAACAAAGAGCUCUUAAUCAGUUUUUGAGGAUGAGUGAUGUUCUUCUCUUAACGGCUGACGAGGCUGAGUCAUUAACUGGCAUAGGAGAUCCGAUAUUAGCUGGGCAAAAGUUGCUUAAAGUAGGGAUCCUCACAAAGAAUGUAGCAUCACUGGAAAAAGUAGUUGAUAUAUUAAGAUCACCUAAACUCAAUGAAGAUGAUGAGUUUUGGACCGAAAUUCUCGAAAAGAAAGUGUUAGAUCGGGAAGUAACAUGUCUGUCAAAUAUUAUGAAAGGAAACAGAAAUCAUCUCAACUUUGUCUCAUUUGACCAGGUUGCCUCUGAGCUCUUGCCCAAGCUUGAGUUUCCACAAACAGUGGAGAAUGUUCCAACUUGA